UUUCAAACAUUUUAUGUUUAUUUAAUAUUUCAUGAAAUUUUCAAAUCUAACGGUUAGUGGUUACCAGGGUAACGCGUGCGUUACCUAUUAUUAUUAUUGUAGCGAUAUAUUAUUUUAAAUUACACCGUGUAUGAGGUUUAAGAGAGGUUAGAGGAGGAAGAUGAGGCAGGUGCAGCGCAGUGUAUAUUAUAUCGAUAAGACCGGGUUCUAGUUUCUAGCAACCAUCUUUUCUAAAUAAUAAAAAUAAAACGUUCGUAGCGGUAAUAUAAUUAUCUAUACCUAUCUAUACACACGCCGUAUAAAUACACCCACCUAUACAGUACCACCUACACGAUUUGACAAAGGAUACCAUGAGCAGCGGUGCAGACGACAAAAUGAAAGAAGAAGACAACGAAUGCCGUACAAUGAGACCGAAACUGAAAUACUCUCUGUCGUACUGCCCGUCAAUGUCUAGGCCGUUGGAUUUCAGCUUAAAAGGUCCCGUGCCGAUUUACAUACAUAAAAAACAGAAAGUUCUCACCGGUUGUUCGUACAUCGAACUCAAGUUGCAAAAACACUCAAAGGUGGGCGAAAUAACGUUCAGAAACUAUUACACGGCCAGCGUGAGCGUGCUACUGUUGAGAUCAAAUACACUACAAGGACCUGCGAUGGGAUCGAGAAAUUGGGAGGUGGGCAUCAAAAACCGAACUCUGAUGAACCAGCCGCACUGUGAGAACGGCGCCCAAGACUAUUUCUCGCUGUUUUCCACCGAGGCGUGGAACAACGUUUCAAAGCUUAAAAUCAUACUCAGACAACCAUCACCAAUGUGUAAGACAUUCCACCUGGAAGAAAUCAAGCUGUACGCCGACGUGCCCAGGUUUGGCCGGCCGUUUUUCGAGCAAAAACUACCGCCUUAUCUGAUCCAUAACACCACGGCAGCCAUUUCGUGGAGACCGAAUACAAAGACCUACAAUGAAACACAAUUUGCACAUAGACCAGACACAAACAACAAGACUCCAUGUCUUGGUUAUGUAGUUGAACAAGUGCCAAACAAUUAUGACAGUUCAAAAAUAAUGUAAGUUGAGAACCUUAGAAAAAAGAUUCAAGUCAUCUAACAAAAUAACUAUACAUUAUAAAUACAAAUUUUUGACACAAGAACAACAAUAAUAAAAACUUACUCUUUUCAUUUUAUUGCAAAAGUAUUA